AUGGCUCACUCACACACCAGUCUCCACGCCGUGGAGUCUCUCUACGCCAAGAUGGUCUCCCUCGACCUGGGAGCUCUGACGCGGGUGCAGAAGUACGGAGCCGAGGCCGCGUUUUUGGGCAUCAUCUUUGCGGGCUUCGGAGUGUACAAUCGUGUCGUCAUCCCUGCCAUCGCGGCAGUGGUAAAGGGGCGCAUCCCGGUGCGCGUGAAGCCGCUAGAGAAGCUGACGAUGAAGGACAAGUUGUACAUUGGUUUUGCCAAGGUGGUGACAGCUCUCUUCGUAUACCACAUGUGCCUGUUCAUCCGCAACACAGAGGUGAGCCGCAUGUCAGUCAACUUCCUGGACCGCCCUGCCGUGGUGCGGUCGCUGUUGUGGCUGCCGGUGCACCUGCCGGCACUCUUCAUUCUCUAUGACCUUUUCUACACAUUAUUUCACUGGGCCCUGCACUGGCCCCCCAUCUACCCCCUCAUCCACAAACACCACCACCGGCAGAUGUCUCCCUUCCGUGGCAACAGCGACGCCAUUAACGACAACCCUGUCGAGUACGUCUCCGGAGAGUAUCUUCACCUACUGGCGCUGUACCUGUUGACACGUAUGGCCCCGGUGGGCCAGGUGCACGCACUGACAGCCAUCCUCUUCAUCUUCAUUGGCGGCACCCUCGCUAGCCUGAACCAUACACGCUUAGACCUCCACAUUCCAUACAUCUUCAACGUGAAUGCACACGACUACCACCACCGACAGCCGCGCGUGAACUUUGGCCAGUACAUCAUGUUCUGGGACUGGGUGUUCGGCACCUUUCAGGCUGAAGGGCUGCCCUCGGAGAUGUCGGCGAGGAGCUGCAAGAAGGCAGUGUGA